UAUUGACGGAGAAACUAUAUUGGUAGUUUUGCUGCUAAACCAGAGAGCCCACUUCGUUAACCAUCCUCUCAUCUCAAUAGCCAAUCGGCUAAAAGAAAUAUAAUCCAGCCUGUCGUUUCUUUGAUUUGUAGCUAGUCGGCACAACAAAAUUAUCAAUUUGUUUUUCCUCUGCGUCGACGGAAUUUUUACCGGAAAUCCGCUGUCGUAUUCCCAGAUUGAUUCGAACGGUAAUACCAUCUACAUGGCCGCUGCUUAUGCGGCGAGUUGCCGACGGAAUUUGCUAUCUGGAGCCCGUUUUCUCGCUCCGUGCCGGGUCGGGUCCAGACCGUACUCCGAUCUCGUGAAAUCCAACGGCAAACGCCUCUUCCUAGUCGAUACCCUGGCCCUCGUGAGGAGAUUGGAGGCGCAGGGUGUGCCGUCGAAGCAGGCGGAGGGGAUAACCGGGGCUUUGAUUGAAGUUCUCAACGACAGCUUAGAAAAUGUUUCGCAUUCAUUUGUAUCCAAAACUGAAAUGCAGAAAGAAUCCAAUUUGUCCAAAUUCAAGACGGAAGUUAAGAGUUCUCAGGACCACCAUUUUUCUCUGCUGCAACACGAGAUGGAAAAACUCAAAAACGAUUUAGAGAAGACGCGCAGUGAGUUAAGGUAUGAAAUUGAUCGUGCCACGGCUGGGCAGCGUUUGGAUCUUAAUCUUGAAAAGGGGAGAAUUCGGGAUGAACUGAACGAACAAAAUCAGGAGACCACUAACCUCACAAACAAACUUAACCGGGAAAUUCAUGAGUUGCGGGCACAAUUAGAAGCAGCAAAAUAUGAAGUCAUCAAGUAUUGCAUUGGUACACUUGUCUCCAUUUCUGCUGUUAGUCUGGCCGCAAUCCGCAUUUUUUUGUAAGUUGAAAUCAGGUCUUGAACUCGGAAGUUUUGUGUUUAGAAUCCCUCACCACUGGAAAAAGGGAAGUUAAGACUAACAGCAUCUAACAAUAUAUUCUGGCGUGGCCUUUUGAUCAAUCCAUGUGUUGUAAGAAGAUUUUGGUAAUUGUUUGAUAAUCCCAAUCAAAAUUUGAUGUUAUGGUACUGAAUAGUGUUGGAGUUUGCUGGGUAUGCAUUACUGUGAUGUACAUACAUUUGAUCAGGGUGUGUUUGGUUAUAAAUUAUUUCAAUUCACACUCAAUAUUUGAUUCAACUUUAACUCAA